UCUCCCCCCGAGCAGGCGUCCGCCAAGAUGCUCCCGGCCUUCCCCACCCCCGAUUGCGCCUCGGACGUGGAGCCGGACACGAGGGAGAUGGUGCGAGCCCAGAACCGGAAGAAGAAGAAGUCGGGGGGCUUCCAGUCCAUGGGCUUAAGCUAUCCUGUAUUCAAAGGUAUCAUGAAAAAGGGAUACAACGUGCCAACACCCAUCCAGAGAAAGAGCAUCCCAGUGAUAUUAGACGGGAAAGACGUGGUGGCGAUGGCCCGGACGGGCAGCGGGAAGACAGCUUGUUUCCUUAUCCCGAUGUUUGAGAAGCUGAAGGCACAUAGCGCGCAGACAGGAGCACGUGCCCUCAUCCUCUCACCAACUCGCGAGCUCGCCUUACAGACCAUGAAGUUCACAAAGGAGCUGGGCAAAUUCACAGGCCUGAAGACUGUGCUGAUUCUGGGAGGAGACAAGAUGGAAGAGCAGUUUGCAGCUCUACAUGAGAAUCCUGACAUAAUCAUCGCCACCCCCGGACGCUUGAUGCACGUGGCUGUGGAAAUGAACCUGAAGCUGCAGAGCGUAGAGUAUGUGGUGUUUGAUGAAGCUGACAGGCUGUUCGAGAUGGGGUUUGCGGAGCAGCUGCAGGAGAUCAUCGCUCGGCUCCCUGAGAGCCGCCAGACUGUGCUCUUCUCUGCCACGCUCCCCAAGCUGCUCGUGGAGUUUGCUCGGGCUGGUCUCACCGAGCCAGUGCUGAUCCGUCUGGACGUAGAGAACAAGCUCAGCGAGCAGCUCAAGCUGGCCUUCUUCCAUGUGCGUGCGGAUGACAAGCCAGCCAUCCUGCUGCACCUGCUAAGGAAUGUGAUGCGACCUCAGGACCAGACAGUUGUCUUCGUAGCCACCAAGCACCACACUGAGUACCUCAAGGAGCUGUUGACGGGUCAGGGUGUGAACUGCACCUACAUCUACAGUUCCCUGGACCAGACUGCCCGCAAGAUCAAUAUUGCCAUGUUUUCACACGGCAAGUGCCCAGUGCUGCUCGUCACGGAUGUCGCAGCCCGUGGGCUCGACAUCCCCAUGCUGGACAACGUCAUCAACUACAGCUUCCCUGCCAAGGCCAAGCUCUUCCUGCAUCGUGUUGGCCGUGUGGCCCGUGCCGGCCGGAGCGGCACUGCCUACUCACUGGUGGCACCAGAUGAGACACCAUAUGUCUUUGACUUGCACCUGUUCCUGGGAUGCCCGCUGACCAUUGCCAGCCCUCAUGACAAGCCUUCCGACGCGGGCGGGGUGUUUGGCCGGGUGCCCCAGAGUGUGGUGGAUGACGAGGAGUGCCUGCUGCUCACUGACCAUGAGAGCUCGCUGGACCUGCAGAGCCUGCGCAGGGUGGCAGAGAACGCCCACAAGCAGUACCUCAAGUCCCGGCCCAGUCCCUCCCCGGAGUCCAUCAAGAGGGCGAAGGAGCUGGACUUCUCCCAGCUGGGCAUCCACCCACUCUUCAGUUCUCGCUUCGAGGAGGAUGAGCUGGAGAGGCUGAAGCUGGUAGACAGCAUCAAAACCUACCGAUCGAAAGCGACCAUCUUCGAGAUCAACGCCACCAGCAAAACAGCAGCCAGUGACGUGAUGCGAGCCAAGCGCAGCCAUGACCAUGCCCGCAUUGACAAGUACCAGCAGGGGCAACAAGAGAAACGGGCUGCAGCUGUUCUGCGGGGCCGUGCCCAGAGUCCACCUGCCACAGUGCCUGAGGAGGAGAACGGAUGCCUCCAGGAUAUAUUCUCCUCUGUGGUGGGCAGGAAGCGGAAGCAGCGCCAGACAGGGGACACUGUCCCAAAAAAGAAGCAGCGGGAGGCAUUGCAGGACAAAGAAUUCUACAUCCCCUACAGGCCCAAGGACUUUGAAAGCGAGAGAGGGCUGAGCGUCACUGGGGAGGGCAGUGCCUUUGAGCAGCAGGCUGCCGGCGCCGUGUUGGACCUCAUGGGCGAUGAGACCCACAACAUGAACAAGAGCAAACAGCUGCUCAAGUGGGACCGUAAGAAGAAGCGGUUUGUGGGGCAGACAGGCCAGGGGGACAAGAAGAAGAUCCGCACGGAGAGUGGCAGGCUCAUUGGCAGCUCCUACAAGAACAACCUCUAUGAGAAGUGGAAGCAGAGAUACAAAAUUGAUGAGAGGGACUCAGAGGAGGAGGGGGAGAGCCAGCGCAGAGGCGGCAGGCGUGGAAGAAGAGGGCAAGGCACCAGGCACCCACAGCCCUCCCCAGGUAGAGACGGAGCCCCACGGGGGAAGGUGCGUUCGGAGCUGAGGAGCAAGCAGCAGAUCCUGAAGCAGAGGAGGAAGACAACCAAACAGCGCUUCCUGCAGGCAGGGGGGGGUCGGCGGCUCAAGGCCAAGAACCGGCAGCGGGUGCAGGAACUGCGGCGCACAGCUUUUGGGCGGGGGGCAGGUGCUAAGAAGGGCAAGAUGAGGAAGCGGCUGUAGGGGCUGGGCUGGGGAAGGGGCUGGGCACACGAGGCUCGGCCUGCUGGGCUGUUCUGAGCCAGGAGCUGAUACCCAGCCCAUGUGCCCUAUCUCUGCUCCCCUCCCCCAGCCACAUUUGCAGUACAGACUCUGGGCUGAGAGGAAAUUA